UCAUAUCUUUAAUUUACACACAAUAUAUUAUCAAGAAAAUGUUGUCACUUGGUAUUUAUAUUAUUGGAUCUUUAGUUGUUAUAGUUAUUAUACAUUACUGGAGGAACCCUAAAAGCAAUGGAAAACUCCCACCAGGUUCAAUGGGUUGGCCAUUACUUGGUGAGACUAUUCAAUUCUUUGCACCAAAUACAUCAUUUGAUAUUUCUCCCUUUGUGAAGGAGAGGAUGCAAAGGUAUGGGCCGAUAUUUCGAACUAGUUUGGUGGGAUAUCCAAUCAUAGUAUCCACAGACCCUGAUUUUAAUUACUUCAUCUUCCAACAAGAAGGGCAAUUGUUUCAAAGUUGGUAUCCACAUACUUUUGAAGAGAUUUUUGGAAGGCAAAAUGUUGGAUCUUUACAUGGUUUUAUGUACAAGUACUUGAAAAACAUGGUGCUAAAUCUUUUUGGCCCUGAAAGUUUGAAAAAUAUGCUGCCUGAGGUUGAAAAAACUACAGAUAAUAACUUGAACAGAUGGUCAAGACAAAAGAGUGUUGAGAUGAAGGAAGCAACAACCAAGAUGAUAUUUGAUCUAACUGGAAAGAAACUUAUCAGCUAUGAUUCUGAGAACUCUACAGAGAAUGUGUGUGAAAAUUUUACCGCUUUUAUAAAGGGAUUAAUUUCCUUCCCUUUAUGCUUUCCUGGAACGGCCUAUCACAAGUGUUUACAGGGAAGAAAGAAGAUAAUGAAAAUGCUCAAGAGAAUGCUAGAGGAAAGGAAAUCACAACCAAGAAAAGAGCAAAGUGACUUCUUUGAUUAUGUAUUAGAAGAACUUCAAAGUAAAGACACAAUUCUCACUGAGGCAAUAGCUUUGGAUUUGAUGUUUGCGUUGCUCUUUGCUAGCUUUGAGACAACCUCUUUGGCUAUAACUUUGGCUAUUAAAUUUCUUCAUGAAGAUCCAAAGGCUUUGAAAGAAUUAACAGAGGAACAUGAGGAAAUAAUUAGAAGAAGGGGAAAUGCAUCUUAUGGACUUACAUGGAAAGAGUAUAAAUCAAUGAAGUUCACAUUUCAGUUUAUCAAUGAAACAGUCAGAUUGGCAAAUAUUGCGCCUUUGAUUUUCAGAAAAGCACUUAAAGAUGUCAACUUCAAAGGAUAUACCAUUCCAGCUGGUUGGGCAGUAAUGGUGUGUCCUCCAGCUGUCCACUUAAAUCCUGCCAAAUAUGAGGAUCCACUUCAAUUCAAUCCAUGGAGAUGGGAGGGAAUAGAACUAAAUGGAGCAUCUAGGAAUUUUAUGGCAUUUGGAGGUGGCAUGAGAUUUUGUAUUGGAGCAGACUUUGCUAAGGUGCAAAUGGCUGUCUUUCUCCAUUGCUUUGUGACCAAGUACAAGUGGGAGAUAAUCAAAGGAGGAGAUAUAGUACGAACUCCAGGUUUACAAUUUCCAAAUGGUUACCACAUUAAAAUCUCUGGAAAAUAUGACUAAAGGUACUUGCAACAGCAAAUUCAUAUACAGACGUUGAGCAAAAGUUAUUAUUAAGCAACGUGAACUCACUAAUGUGAAUGUAGAUCUGCCUUUGAUGCACACAGCCUUUAAUUUUGUUAUCUAUAAGUGCAUGUUUUUUUUAUGUUAUUAAUAUGGUUAAUUCAUAGUUUAUGUAUGAAUAAUGCAUUUAAAAUGCAUAUCGAUCUAGAAAUUACUCUAUCGGCGCCUAUAAUAUUACCUUAUGUAAUAUUGCUAUGUUAGAUGGGAGUUGUUCUACUAAUAUGAAUGUAUUUUAUAUUUACUUCUCUCUUUCUUAAUUUUUUGUGUUUUACGAUAUUAUGAAAGUUCAUCUAUAUAACAAUCACACCAGUUUCUUAUUUUAAAGGUGUUAUAUAUAAUUUUUAACGAAGUAACCCCAUUCACUGUAUAUGGCUACGCUACUGAUAUCAUGGACAUGCGAAUUUACCUUACAUUUGCUUUUGUCUUAUUACUUAAAUAGUUUGGAAACACUGAGCUUUUACCUUCCUUGAGUGUCAUAUAAAUUAAAGGGGUGUUUAUGUAACUGUAUAUGUGACAAAAAAAAGUUUCAAUAUGUAAAAUAUCGACAUUGUAAAUUGUGUAUAUGUAAUAUAUAAUUAGUGUAUUUAUAUUCAUUUACAUUAUUUAUAUAAUUUUACACAUUACAAUAGUUUAGCUUCUUCAACGACCGGAAGAGGAAA